CUCAGACUCGCAAGGUUUAAUGGGUGGAAGGGACUGCGGAAGCUCGACAGCGAAGCGAAAAUCUCUGCGGAUUGUCCUUCUAGCUCAUCGUCCUCUUCUUUUAGUCUGUCUACAAUGGCGGAAGAGAAGUUUAGGGUUCGUGUGGUGUUUGAGGAUCGAAGGAUUCUGAGCAUGUCCCAGAAGAAGGAAGGUCUGGGGAGAAGCUGGAUUGUUCUGAAUCGCAAGUGUCAUCGUACCAUUUCCAAUAUCUCUACUCAUCUUCUUGGCACUUUCGACCUCUUUGAAGCUUGCCCACAUGGCAUCUCUCUAUCUAUGGAAGGGUUUGUUCUACCGCCGUUCGAGUCGAGUUGUGUUUUGAACGACAAAGACAUUGUCUGUGUGAAGAAGAGAAAAGCAUCCUUGUCGGAAAUUGCUGGGGCAUACAAUGGAGAGAAUGCUUUCAAUAGGAUAGAGCUCGAACCGAGAGGUGGAAUACAGCUUCUAGCAAAUGAGGAAUUUCAGGAGGAAACCGGAGGGUAUGAAAGUGACUCGGAGGAGGCUGAGCCCAAAGAGAUGGGAAAUGGGUUGUUGGAGGAAAGUCUGCCCGAGAAGAAGAUGUCAAAGAAGAGAAAGGCUUCAAGUAAAAGUCCAAGCUCCAAGAAGAAGAAGUGUAAGUUGGCUCGUACUGAAGAAAUAGAAAAUGGAUCCUCUGCUAACAGAAAGAAGAUUUCACAAAUUGGUGAUACAGGCAAGAAAAAGCGUGUUGCCAAGAAGGUGAAGUCUGAUAUAAAGACGGCUGAAAUUGAUAAAGAGAAUAAUAGUGCUGCCAAGUCCAUGGCUAACUCAAAAGAGUGCUCACAACAGGAAGAGCAAAAAGGUGCUGAUGAUUUAUGCCAGAUUUCUGGUGAAACAAAAAAGGUUCCUAGCAGAAGUGCUCGCCGUAAAAAGGCUAAACGGCAAUGGUUGAGAGAAAAGGCCAAACUAGAGAAGCAAGAGCUCGAACAGAAGCAGUUGAUUGUAACACCCAGUAAAAAAUCACUUGGCAUCAUCAAUAUCCAUGUUGCUGAAGAAAAUCACCUUGUUGCCGAAGAACACCAGCAACCAGAUGAGUGUAGUGAUGGCAUAGGAGAUGAAGUCGUUCCUGUGGAAGUGAGGCCAGGCCAUAUUCGCUUCAAGCCCCUUGUCGGAGCAGAUCAAACCUUCCAAGAAGAUGAAACUCCAAUGGAAAACUUCUCGUGGAAUGGAAUUACGAGCAAGAAGAAAGGUCAGAAAUGGGGCAAAGAGAAAACUGCAACCGCCAAACGAUAUGCUCAAGAUUUCUGCCAAGAUUUCUCUGAAACCCAGACUGCAGAAGUAGAGAAACCACCCUCUGUUCAGAUCAACUAUGAAAAGCUCAUGCCCUACCUUGGCUCGCCAAAGGAAGGAAACAUUAUCGCAUAUCGGUUGAUUGAGCUAUCAUCUUCUUGGACUCCAGAGGUUUCCUCAUUCAGAGUUGGAAAAAUAAUACGAUAUGAUCCAGAAUCCAAGAAGGUGAUGUUGACGCCUGUCCCCGAAUUUCCAAUAGAGAAGAAGAUGGAAGAGGAUGAUUCCUCAGCUCAACCAGAUACAUCUUUGUAUAAGGAAGAUGGAUCAUUGGAGAUAGAAUUUUCUUCUCUGCUUGAUGUCCGUAAGGUGGAUCAGAGCACGACUGACGAUACAAGGCCGGAUCAGAACACGACUGAUGAUACAAGGCCGCUUACUGCAGAAAGUGAGAAACUUUCUGAGCCAGAGCAAACAGCACCAAGUCAGUAUCUGGGAGCAGACAAUGGGUUAAAAUCGCCGAUAAAAGAAAAUGGAAAUGUGAACCCAUGGGAGGAAAUAAGCCAAACUCUAAAUGCAAAGAAGACAGAACUGACUCAGAGCAAAGGCUGGAACAAGAAAGUGAACUCAAGUGGAGGUUCGUGGUCGUACAGGGCCCUGAGGAGCAGUGCUCUGGGUCCGGUGAUGAACUAUCUUAGAUCCCAGAAUGAAAUCUAACAUUCCAGAAAGAGAUUGCCCCUUGUCAGAUUAUGAUUGAUAUAUUUUAGACCUUUUUGCUGCAUCAGUUUUGUUGUCUGCUUAUGACAACUUGGGCAAGAGAACGCUUCUUUGGUUUUAGGAAAAAGGGCUUGUUUUUGCGUAAA